GCGUUAGUAGCAUCGGCGGGCGACGCGAUGACGCAGUGUGGGCGCUCGGCGCGUUUGAAGGGCGGAAGGAAAAGCGCGCGCGGACGGCGAGUAACGGCCGCGGGAUGAGCAAGGAGGCGGCGCUGAUGCCGCGGCUGAAAUUGCCGAAACAGCCCUACAGAAGUAGAUUCUACAGAGACCAUGCAUUUGGGAGACUGACAGGAAAACCGAUGAAUGUAAUCUUGCAGAAAAAUGCAAAUACAUCAACAAUUGUAAACCACUUCUUGGCUGGAUUAGACAAUGUUAAUAAUAUUGAUUCUACGUCCCACUUUGAUGUUCCGUUUUCAAAAGGGGAAGAUCCAUUGAAUGAAGUUCCAAAAGAUCUCCAGUGUAAAAAGAAAGAGUCUGCUGCAGGAGCACAAUUGCAACUAUUGGAAAAUGCUCAAUCUCAUAAAUCAUCAAAAUCUUGCACAGACAAGAAAGGGGAAAAUAGUGGCUCUUGCAGUUCAAAAAAGCAGACCAAACAAUGGCCAGAACCAGCAGCUGUUGCUUCUGACAAAACUAGCGGUGGUGAAGGUGUUUGCAUUGCUGAGGCUGUUGAAGAUGGAAGAGAUUUUGAUGAACCAGAAGGACCGCUCCUCAUUGAUGUAGAGGCACUAGUAUUGGAAGCUGACAUAUCUCCUGGAGAAGAAUUUGGGAUCACUUACAAUGCAGAUGCAUCAGUUGUUAACUCAACUCUAGAUCCUUCAAAGCCUUUGGGAAGUCUGAAACCAAAAAUGAGGCUAUGUUUUAAUAACACCGUUAUAACACCGAUAACUGUGAAUCGUCCAAAUGUUAGAACUGAGCAGAAGAAUAUUGUCUCACGUAUUUUAGGAACUGAAGAACCCAAGACUACUUCAACCUGUUUUGGAAAGAAGCCAACUGUUUCUGGAAUGACACGGCCACUACAAGUUGAGCCGAGUGUUUUUGCACCGAAGUGCAAUGAGUCUGAGUUUGAACUGAUGGAAGAAGAGAGCUUCUGUUUUGAAUCGUGGACCAUACCGAGGAAGGCAUUGACACCGAAACCAGUUGAGCAAGAAAUGAAAUCUGCUGUAGACAACAAGAACGUAAAGAAGAAAGAAAAACAGCAGAGAGCUGGUGGAAAACAAAUUGCUAUCACAGAUGAAAAAGAAAAAUUAUUAAAUGAGCAAUUGUCCUGUCCUAAACAAGUGGAGGACACGGGAUUUUGCAAACAAAACAAACAACUCAAUCCAGAAGAAUCUGGCAAAAGCUCUGUUAUAUGUCCCAUGAAGAACAAUGUUGAGGAAGAGUUACAAAAUGAACCUUCAUCUGCCUCUAAACAGUCUUUGACUUCCAGGCAAAAAAGAAAAUUAGAAUACAGGAAACCAGGAAAGUCAGGAGAAAAAUGUGUCACGAUUCAGGGCAACAGAGGUGAUUGCAAACCAUUCCAGGAUAAAUCACCGUCAUGCAUUCUAAGAAAUCUUGACAAAAUAAAUUAUUCUGAGCAGUUUGUGGUCAAAUGUAAGAACUUUACAGAAACUCCAAACAAGCAAUCUGUGGAUCAGAACACGAAAUAUAUGGAUCUGGUAACUACUCCAUUGGGAAAUAGUGAUGAAAAUGACAUAUUAGCUGGGCUGGAAACGCAUCAGCCAAGAACCAGCUUAUUGAGUGGGAGGAAUAAGGAAACUACCAUUGUGAAUGGACCUCUAGCUCUUUCAGAAGUUCAACAGAAAACUAAAUCAAAAAGGUUGAAUACAAAUGAAACACCUGCGAUCGUAAGCAUGUCUGCAGAUAAUCAACAAAAGGAAUAUUCUCAUGAGAAUGUUGUCCCAUCUACAUCUGGACUUGAAAAACAUCAGAAAGAAGCAUCUCAAGCAUCAUUUCCAAGCUUUGGAAUAAAGCCAGCUUUAUCUACAUUAUCCCACACAAAACGAGUUAUCCCUAUUACUUCAGCACCUAAUGUUGAGCCUGAAUUUGAAUUGGAAGAAGAGGAGAACUUCUGUUUUAAAUCAUGGAUUACAAUACCAAAGAAAGCCUUUGUACAAAAACAGGUCCCAGCUGAACAGGAAGAGCAAUCUGAUGAUAAUACAAAGACAAUGCUAAAGAAAGGGAGAACGCAGAAGACAGCAAAUGCAAGAAAACUCACCAUUCAAUCAAAAGAUCCAAACAAAAAACUGCAAGCUCAGAACAAAAAAAACAAAGCUAAAUAUGAAAAACAAUCUCAUAAAAGGUCUGCAAGUCCUUUGAAUCAUGAUACUGAGAAGGACAAAGAGGAAGCGCAGAGUGAAUCUGCAUCCCACUCAACAUUUUGUUUACCUCCCAGACAAAAGAAAAAGUCUGCACGACCAAGAAAAAAAUCUAUAAUUGAAGAUGAUGAGAAUGAAGCGCAGGAAAAGUUACGCGAACAAGAGUUAUUACCCCAACAAUGUAAUUUCCAGGUUAAGUCGAAUGAAAACAGUCCUGAAAAGGCUGAAUGGUUUGAUCAGGGUGUGAUCACUUCUAAGAAGGUUUUAGAAUCUGAAAGCUUAAUGAAAGAACAAGAAGAAAUAAAGUCAAAUUUUCAUGAUCAGGAAAAUAAAAAUAGAAAGGAACAGCCCAGAAGAUCUGAGCACAAUCGAAUUAUUCCUAAGAAUCUCCCAGAAUAUGGAAGUUCAAUAAAUGAUUGUAAUGAAAUGGAAGCAAAGUUACCUUUGGUUGCAAGAUCAAGAUCUCAAAACCAGAGAGGAAAGAUGCAGCAAAAACAGAAGGCAAUAGUAAAAAAAGAAAUGUCAAAAAGGAAAACAUGUCUGAGGAAUCAUAGCUCUUCAAAGAAAAGCAUUCCUCCUCCCUAUGAAGAUGAAGAGAAUCUUGUCCAAGAUAAUACUUUCAAUGUAUGUUCGAGGAGCCGACGCGAUACUAGACCACCACCAAAGUGGUGGAUAGUACAACAGGAUGACACAUUUCUGCAAAAUGAGAUGAAGACAAAUUAUUUGCCAGCUCAGAAGGCUAAUUUACAAGAAAGAAUGAUACCAGGAAAAUCUGCAAAGUCACAAUUGAAGAUAUCAAAGACAUUUUUAAAAGGAACUUCAUCAGCUCAAAAUGAGCAAUCGGAAACAGAAGAAUGUAGUUCGGAGGCAGACAUUUUUGAAAAUGUUUGUAAUCCAGAUUGCCCACCUAAAAAACGUCAUAUUAGAAAUGUAUCAGUUAAGAAGGAAAGUAGAAAGAAAAAGUGGACUUCAGCCUCAACCAAACCAAAAAAGCGAUUGUUUUCAGAGGCUGAAGAAAUGACAAAAUCCUUUGACAAACACAGGUGCAAAAAGCAAAAGCAAAAGAUUCACCACAUUAGUGAGCGUGGGAAGAAUGAAGUGGAACAAGAGCAGGACUCUGAUCAGCUUACAAGCCUUUCUCAUGUUUCUUCAACUUCAACAGAAAUCGAGCAAAGAAAAUCCAAAGAAAAUUCACAAAGAACCUUGCAAGAAUCUUCAGCAUCCUUCAGUGCUACUUAUGUUAUCAAGAGUCCACCAAAAGCUGUUCAUGAGCAUUCAGAAAUUACCAAAGUUUCUUCAGGGACUCCAAUUCGGGUUGUAAUGAGUCCCAGAAACUCCAUCACGAGACCUGCCGAUCAACCUUGUACACAACCACAGGUUCCCUCAUCCACUCCAUAUCAUGUUACAAUGGGCACCAGAAAGAACCAAGAUAAGACUGUUCCUUCUCAACCUUGUGAACAGACACGCGGCAAGAACAAGGAGAGUGGUGAACCAGAAGCCAGCACCUCUGUAAAAGGGAGGAAAACUUUAAAGCAAGGACACAUCGACAGGAAUGUGCCUGUUUUUAAUAGCAGUGGACCAGGGCAGUCAGCAGAUUAUCAAGAAUCUUCAGAGGCAGGAGACGAUGGAAAUCUUGAGCACGAAGAUUUUGGUGGUAGCUUUGAGAAUGACAGUGACACAAGACAGAGUACUACAGAGGAAAAUAGUAAAUUCAACACAGUUUAUAACAAUGAGAAAAGGCCAUCUGAAGUCGAAGGUUUCAAAUCAACCCGUGUGUGGAGUGAAAAGGAAAGCAGUGAAAUAUAUAUGGACUGUGUUAAAACUUCAGAAAUGUGCGAUUUCUUCUAUCCCUUAAGGACAGAGUAUAAUGAUAAUAGGUCCAUUGCUAUCUGCAAGAGUUUAAACUGUACAUCAUUUUCUUGUGGCAAACUUGUAUUGGGACCAUACAAAGAAAAGGGUUGUCAGAUGGUUUAUAAAGAUACCAUGAUAUUUCACAUCCUAAAGGGUGAUUUGGGCAUUACAAUAUACCGUACCACGUACCAUCUCAAAGAAGGGGAUUACUUCUUCGUGCCUUCAGGUAACACCUACAAUGUUACAAAUCUUCAGGAUACUGAGGCUGUUCUCUUAUUCACACAAUUAAAAGGAGUUAAAAUGGAGUAAGCAGUAUAGACAUGGAACCAAUUCUGAUGCUUGUAGUUAAAUUGUAUAUUUGGACUGUAUUUCAGAAUAGUUCAAGCCUUUUGAAGCAGCCUGCUUUUUUUUAAGAUAAAUCAUAAGUGCCAUUUGGUUUUCAAAAUGUAUGAAAUGUAUGUCUUCUAGAUUUGAUGUAUAAAACUGACUACUUAUAAUAAAAACAAAUCUGAUUUGUGUUAUUUAUUAGAAUAAUUGAGAAUUUUUGGAAUUGUAGCAUUGUCUACUUUGAAAUCUUGGACAUACGCCAAUAAAUAAAUGUAAUUGGGGAAAAACUGGAGCCAAAUGUCAGGAAAUUAGUACAAUUUGUGGCUCCACUUCCAUCCAUUUACUGUAGAUGAAUUUCUUACCAAUAAAUGGAAUUUUCCUAUAUUUAUGUAA